ACUUCCACAACACACCACAUGCGCCGGCGAUGAUACUGAGGGCAAAGCGCCCCAGUCCAUCUUCCACUUCACUUUUCUGAACUCUCUGACUUACGCUUCAACCUUUCCUUCAACUCCGAACACUUCCACUCGCCAACCCAUCAUGGCGUACCUCUUCUACACCUUCCUCUUCGCCUUUCUCAUCUUAUCAACAGUCCUCUACGCCACACGCAACACCUGGAAACCCUACGCCCCUCCAAUCCCCUACCUAACCGCUCCCGGCGAAAUCCCCACCUGGGCCUGGAACAUCUACGACCGCGUGAACGCCUACAUCGAUCGCUGGCGCUACUCCGCCUUACCCUCAUCUUUCCAAAAUGAAGCCGAGCAAGGUUUCCACUCGUCGAAUUUCGAUAUUGCAGAGAAUAUCCAAGGCGAGGACUCUCGAAGUGGGUUGUCGGGUCAGCAGAAAGCGGAGGUCUAUGGAAUUAUGAGGAGGCAAGGUGUCACAUUUGAUGAGGCAAGAAGGUUGUAUACGGAGAGGCAGUUUGCUGCGGCGGGGAUUGGGCCGGAUGGGAGGCCGUUGGAUAAGAAGGCUGUGGUGUUUUCUUAGGGUUCUUCUUCUCUUUUGGGGUUUUUCUUUAUGGGGGUGGGGCAUUUGCUGUGACGCAGCUGGACGUGCCUUGAUGGCGUGAAGCUAGGAGCAUUUUGGGUCAUAUGUACAGUGCAUAUUCAUUUAUCGACAGGGCAUGG